AUGGAUUUUAUGGAAGGACUCCCAAAUUCCCAUGGGGAUAACUCCAUCUUGGUGGUGGUGGUGGGUUGGUUGACUGAAUGGGCCAUGUUUAUCCCAACUUUGACAAAGUUGACCGCAGCUGGACUAUCGGAGGGCUGGAUACUGAACCAGAACUCUGUGAUGUGGGUAAUACCAGUCAAUGAUGAUCAAAGGUCAGUAGGUAUAAGGAAAGAGUGUGUCAAGGAAAUCAAAGAGGGUCUGAGAGAGGAUGGAGGAAAAGGUGAGAAGGAGGAGGAGGAAGAAGAAGAAGAAGAAGAAGAAGAAGAAGAAGAAGAAGAAGAAGAAGAAGAAGAAGAAGAAGAAGAAGAAGAAGAAGAAGAAGAAGAAGAAGAAGAAGAAGAAGAAGAAGAAGAAGAAGUGAGGAUGAAGAAGAGGAUGGGGAAUCUUUCUCUCAGGCCCCGCUUAUAUGCAUAUCAGUGUGUCUCAAACUCGAUACAAGGUCGAAUCGUCCUCGAUUUGAGUAAAGGAGAAACUAUGUAA